AUACACUCACGCUGAAAAUAGAGAAUAAAGAAAAUUGUUUUUAGGAAUUAAAUAGAUAUUUGAUAAAUUCUACAGAUAACAUUUUUUAGAUGUACCUGAUAAAGUCAGUAGGUCACUUUGAAUAAAUCUAUUGGUCACGUAAGUGAUAUAUUAUAUGCUUUGCAGAGACAAAUAAGCCGAAUAGUCAGAUUGUACUGAUUAAUAAAUAAGUAGGGAUAAUUUAAAAAAGAUCAUAUUAUGGCAAAAGUACUUUAAACAAUAAAUGGACACAAAGACCCGGCAUAAAAAAUUUUGAUUCAUAAAAAAGGCCCGGUAUACAUUUAUUGUCGAAAGAAAGAAUCUAAACUAAAUAAAAAAAAAAAUUCUGAAUAAAAGAUGAAAGUAGUAAUCUCUCAAGAACCAUAAUCGAAGCGAGAAAAUCAAUAAUCAGCCAUUUGUUCUAAAAAUUGGCUUUGAUGUAUAUCGCCACGAAGUUUGUAAAAAUAAAGAUAGAUUUUUUACUCACCAUGUUGCUGGUUUUUGGUUUAUCUGAUUGUUGAUACUGUAUAUUAAGUGAAGGUGUUCUGAUAAUGUAGAACAGUCACUGUAUAAUAUAAAGUGUUUGACAGACCAAGGUUAUAUACUAUACCUAACUGUUGAUUCUACAUAGAUACAAACAACAAUUAACACUACUAACAAUUCUCUUCACAACAAUAAUUGAAGACUCGGGAUUAUCGAAACCCUUAUCAAUUUAUAAAUGUGGUAAUCUGUUGACUCUUUAUGGAUACAUACAACGUGCUUCCGUUAAAUCAAUAAUACUUUUAAUCUUUUCACAAACUAAUUGAAGACUUGAGAUUAUCGAAUUUGUUAAUGGGAUAAUCUGCUUGGAUUAGUAACCCAUAACAGCCAUAAGCCACCAUACCUCCAUUAUACAUAUGAUAGGAAGAUAUAAAAGGAUAGUUAACGAGAGUGUUUACAUCAUACAGUGACGGUUCUUCUUCAUUAGAACUACCUCACAGUCUUUUAAACUAAUUGUACAGUAAUAUUAGACUAAAUCGUCAAUAUGGUAUGUAUCACAGUUGAUAGUCUAUUAUGUUAUAUAUGAUAUUUGAGAAUAGAAAGAAACCAUGUCCCUUGUGGAUUUUAAUUAAUGUAUCUUUCACAUUGAAUUGUCGUUUUGUCAAAAGAAAUAAAAGCGAGUCGUUAUAUUUUUAAAUAUUUUUAACGAGUAGGAAUAGGGUGAAAAAAUGGACAGUAAGCAAAUGAAAUGUCUACUAACUCGUUUCUAAGUUUUGGAAUUAUUUAAAGUGGAUAUUAAAAAAUUGUAUUUCUGUUGAUUGAACCACCAACAUAUUAUAUAUUUUAAGAACAUACUCAAUCGAAAGUUAUUCAAAUGAUAACAUCUAGUUUCACAUCCCAUCUUUAUAUCCUAUAGACAAAUGUAGUAUUACUAAUUGUACUAUCGUCAGUACUUUCUAAUUGAACGUUUCUUGUACUCAAAUGUUCUCAAUUUCAUAAUAACAAUAGUCUUUACUUUAAAAUAGUGUCCAUUUAUUACUUUCUGAUGUGCUUUUAACUAUUAUCUUAAAGGGCAAUUGAUGUUAUCCGUAGACUUUUUUAAAUUAUCGAUAUAGUAUGAAAAAGCGAUUUUUUUGUAAAUUUUAUUGAUUAUCUAUUUUCAGCGUGAGUGUAUCUCUGUUCAUAUUGGUCAAGCUGGUGUCCAGAUGGGCAAUGCCUGUUGGGAAUUGUACUGUUUAGAACAUGGAAUUCAACCUGAUGGUCAGAUGCCAUCAGAUAAAACUAUUGGAGGUGGAGACGAUUCCUUCAACACAUUCUUCAGCGAGACUGGUGCGGGUAAACAUGUACCAAGAGCUGUGUUUGUUGACUUGGAACCGACGGUUGUAGAUGAGGUACGAACUGGUACAUACCGUCAACUUUUCCAUCCUGAACAACUUAUCACUGGUAAAGAAGAUGCCGCCAACAACUACGCUAGAGGUCACUAUACCAUUGGUAAAGAAAUCAUUGAUUUGGUUCUAGACAGAAUCAGGAAGUUGGCUGAUCAAUGUACUGGUCUACAAGGAUUUCUCAUCUUCCACAGUUUCGGAGGCGGAACUGGUUCUGGUUUCUCUUCCCUCCUCAUGGAACGGUUGAGUGUUGAUUAUGGCAAAAAAUCUAAGCUAGAGUUCGCUGUUUAUCCUGCUCCACAAAUUUCCACUGCCGUGGUUGAACCCUACAAUUCUAUCCUAACGACUCAUACCACUUUAGAACAUUCUGACUGUGCUUUUAUGGUGGAUAACGAAGCUAUUUAUGAUAUCUGUCGUAGAAAUCUAGAUAUUGAACGACCAACAUAUACCAAUCUGAACCGACUUAUUGGACAAAUCGUCAGCUCAAUCACAGCAUCUUUAAGAUUUGAUGGUGCUUUAAAUGUAGAUUUGACCGAGUUUCAGACCAACCUGGUACCCUACCCACGUAUACAUUUCCCUUUGGCUACUUACGCCCCCGUAAUCUCCGCAGAGAAAGCAUACCAUGAACAAUUAACUGUUGCUGAAAUCACCAACGCCUGUUUUGAACCAGCUAAUCAGAUGGUAAAAUGUGAUCCGCGUCAUGGUAAAUAUAUGUCUUGCUGCAUGUUGUACAGAGGUGAUGUUGUUCCUAAAGAUGUCAAUGCUGCAAUCGCCACCAUCAAGACCAAAAGAACCAUUCAAUUUGUCGACUGGUGUCCAACUGGUUUUAAAGUCGGUAUCAACUACCAACCACCAACUGUUGUUCCAGGAGGUGAUUUAGCCAAGGUACAGAGGGCUGUCUGUAUGUUAAGUAAUACCACUGCUAUUGCUGAAGCUUGGGCUCGUCUCGAUCAUAAAUUCGACCUGAUGUACGCCAAGAGAGCUUUUGUCCACUGGUAUGUUGGUGAGGGUAUGGAAGAAGGUGAAUUUUCUGAAGCUAGAGAAGAUUUGGCUGCCCUAGAGAAGGAUUAUGAAGAAGUUGGUGUUGAUUCUGUUGAAGGUGAAGGAGAAGAAGGCGAGGGAGAAGAAUAUUAAGCGUAAAUAUUAACGAACUGUUAAUGAACAAUAGCAAGAACCGGUUUCAGUAUUUUGAGAUAAGUUAAAAUCCUGUUAACUUUCCC